GUCGUCUCACACCAUACCUGCUUUCGCCUUCACCGUCGAUGGUCUAAACUCUGCAAGACCAAGAAAGACAAACGCUGGAAAAGAAUCAGAGAAAAGAGAGAGAGAGAGAGAGAGAGAGAGAGAGAGAGAGAGAGAGAGAGAGAGAGAGAGAGAGAAAGGGGAGUUAGGGCUCAAAGCUUCGCCGCAGGGUUUUGUCGAGCAUUGCAACUAUCCGCGUAUAGAGAGCAGGCUGAGGUGAUCGAAUAAGGAUCAUAAUGUCAGGCAGAAAAGAAACGGUUUUAGACUUGGCAAAGUUCGUUGACAAGGGUGUGCAAGUUAAGCUCACUGGUGGAAGACAAGUUGUAGGAACACUAAAAGGCUAUGACCAAUUGCUGAACCUUGUCUUGGAUGAAGCCAUUGAAUAUCUUAGAGAUUCUGACGAUCCUCUGAAGACAACUGACCAGACACGGCGUCUUGGAUUAAUUGUUUGUAGGGGGACCGCAGUCAUGCUUGUGGCACCAACAGAUGGCACAGAUGAGAUCGCCAAUCCUUUUCUCCAGCCAGAUGGUCCAUAGCUCUAUGAUCCAUCAAUGUUAUUUCAUGUUAUUUCUGUUGGCCUCUUGUAAAACAGUUUAUGCUUUCUGCUUCUUUCACUGUCCUUGAGAAUUUAAUUCAAGGGCAGAAGGGGCUUUGUCAUGGGACAAUCUUCUUACUCCAAUAUAUACAUGUCCAGCACUGAUCUGGUGGCACUCUUGUAGCAUUGCAGUGCUUGUUUUCAUUUAAGUGAUCAUUCAUUCUGUUUAGAGGUAUUUAUCAUUUCUAUUGUCUCAUUUGAGGUUUUGAUGAUUCAUAGUCUCUUGUUUUGGUUGAGUAUUGUGAUUGUGACUGUAGUUAAAUAUUACCUCCCUUCCAUAUUGACGGUCCAUUAUAUACACUUUCUUGAUACGUUAAAAAACGAUUGAAUGUCGACAUAAUUUGUGUCUACAUUCAUUGCAUCAGUAAAGUCUUAAAUGAUCU